AAAUAAACCGAGAUUUUUUUUACAAUUUUCGAUUUCAUAUCCGGUUUAGAUAAGAACCGGGGAGAUUUGAAAAUUCAGUUAGUUUUAGGUUCGGUUCGGCGAACGUUAACCAAUAAACUGAAAUAAAAAUGUUAAAUUCAGUUCGAUUAAACAUUCUCCUCAAGACAUUAAUAAAAGACGAACAGUGUUGUGUUUCUUCUAAUGAUUCUCGUUAACAGAGCCGUUUCUACAACCCUUGACAACGUCGCUUGGUUUUCUCGAAUCCGAACCAUGAAUCGCAAAAUUCACUCCACUCUCUCUUCUUCUAAACCCGACUCUCUGAGAAUCCAACAUCUUCGCUCGGAAGAUUCGAACCCAGAAUCAGCCAGUGGAGCUUCUGGAUCAUCGGAGACUCUGGUAUACACCCGUAAGAAAAGGCUUAAACAGGAAGCUUUGGAGCCUCUGGAGAAAAAAUCACAGCAGCUUUGUGGAUUGCCUGAUAUAGAAGAAUUUGCUUUCAAAAAGAAUACUAGAUCUUCGAAGAGGUCAACGGAAACUAACAUCACUGUGGCUUCAGCCAGCACAGCAGGGAGGUCAACGGAAACUAACAUCACUGUGGCUUCAGCCAAAACAACAGGAAACCCGCCUGAAAACUGGGUAGAAGUGCUCGAGGGCAUUCGUCAAAUGAGAUCAUCUGGAGAUGCGCCAGUUGAUUCUAUGGGUUGUGAUAAAGCUGGUAGCUUUCUACCUCCUUCGGAAAGAAGAUUUGCUGUCUUGCUAGGAUCACUUCUUUCAAGUCAGACAAAAGAUCAAGUUAAUAAUGCUGCAAUACAUCGUCUUCAUCAGAAGGGCCUUCUCACUCCCGAAGCCAUUGACAAGGCUGAUGAAUCAACCAUAAAAGAACUGAUUUAUCCGGUUGGCUUUUAUGCAAGAAAGGCUACAUAUAUGAAGAAAAUAGCUAAAAUCUGUUUGGAGAAAUAUAACGGAGACAUUCCAAGCUCUUUGGACGAUCUACUUGCGCUUCCGGGGAUUGGUCCCAAGAUGGCACAUUUGAUUCUGCAUAUAGCAUGGAAUGAUGUUCAAGGUAUCUGUGUAGAUACUCAUGUCCAUCGCAUUUGCAAUCGACUUGGUUGGGUUUCUCGGCCAGCAACCAAACAGAAAACUUCGUCUCCAGAGGAAACAAGAGUAGCUUUGCAACAAUGGCUUCCAAAGGAAGAAUGGGUUGCCAUUAACCCGCUUCUGGUGGGAUUUGGACAAACGAUUUGCACACCGCUGAGACCUCGUUGCGAAGCCUGCAGUGUUGCUAAGCUUUGUCCUGCUGCUUUCAAAGAGGCUUCAUCAAGUCCAUCAUCCAAGUUGAAGAAAUCUAAGCAAAGCAAAGAACUAUGAUCCAAAGUCAGGGGAACAUAUAAGCUAGUUUGACUUUUAUUGACUUCACAUUCGCAUAAGGGUCAUGGGAUCGAGAGCCCUUAUCUAACCACUGGUUUUCGUUUGUUAUUGAUUAAUUAUGGGAUGACUAUCUUCUCUCGUCUCUUAUGGUAUUCAUCUUCUCUAGAUAACAUAUAUUCUCAUGUUCAGUGAUUCAUAUACUCCGGAGCCAUGGUUUUUUUUCUUUUUUGAACACUUCUCUACCUAUAUAACUUAUGUCAUGUGGUGAUCCCUCUGUAAUCAGACUUGGUUUGGUGUCUAGAGCAGGAACCAAACAAGUUCUCCUGAAUUAGCUUGUGAUAAAUCAAUCAUUUCUACAUGUGAUACUUUCUUUGUAUGGUUGCUAAUUCUUAUUAUGUUUUUACCAUU